AAGGAAACAUACUCUCUGAAGAAAAAUGGCAGAAAAAGUUUACACCUUUGAGGAAGUAGUCAAGCACAACAACAACCACGACUGCUGGCUUAUCAUCUCCGGCAAGGUGUACGAUGUGACCGCAUUUCUAGCGGAUCAUCCCGGUGGUGAUGAAACCUUGUUGGAGUCCACAGGAAAGGAUGCAACAGGUGAUUUUGAAGAUGUUGGGCAUAGCAAAGAUGCAAAAGAUAAGAUGAAGGGACUUUUGAUUGGUGAUUUUGAUGAAUCAACUCUUCCUCCCCAAUAACCGCACUUCUUUCGGUUUCGCAGUUGAUGUUUCUUAAGGCCUCGUUUGGUUGUGGAGAUUGGCCAUUUAUGAAUUAAAUAAUUGGACUUUGUUUAAUAUUUGAUAUAUGAUAUUUCCAAUAGCUUGUCGGGUCGAUCCGCGGAUAUUAUGUUCUCAUAGUUUAUCUUACCUUCUAGGCAUGUUUUUAUUGAAUCUUCCAAGAACGAAUAAUCAAUUGAAUUUCAUUAGUAUC